GAAACCAACAACUGAGGCCUGAGCUAUUCAAUAUCUCAUAUUUACAGACUUCCUUCCGUGUCGUCUUGUUCGCCUACAAUCUCUCUCGCUACGGAAAUUUGAAAUGGAUCAACUUUAAACCCUAGAUUUCAGAAUUCUCCAUUUUUUUCUCUUUAUUCUUCUUCUUCUUCUCAUCCGGGGAUGGCGACUUCAUCGUUUAAAUCCACCACGAAGCGCUCUCCGAUUGGAGGUACUGUAUCCAAUGUGGAUGAUGCAGCAGCUUCUUCCAAUCACAACGCCACUCAUCAUCGCCGCUCUAGGAGCCUCAGUACAUUUUCGGGGCGGUCGCAUGCACUGGAAUCGGACGAGCUUCCGGCAGCUACACCGAGGAGAAGAUUCGUGAACACCGUCAGGGGUUCAGGCUUCCCUGAAGUAAUCAGCCUUGACGAUAUUGCCAACGACUUCUUCCCUCUCAACCUCAAGGACAGGGACCUGGACCUCGACCUGAACCCGGACACGGAUGUCCUCAGAGAAAGCGAAAGAGGCCGAUCACGGUCGUCAUCAGCCCGCCGCACUUCCGCCAUUGGCGCCACUUGCUCGUCUGCAACUACUAGUGGUUCGAAAGGUGUAUCUCACUCUCAGGAGCAGAGGCGCGGAAGGUCAGUUUCCAGGCAACACGGCCGACUAGGUGACCCUGCCGCCAACGCUUCCGCUUCCACUGUCAAAGCUCUUGCCGACAGUUGUUCUAAUUCCAGGAGGAGACGCUCCCUCUCUGUCGCACGGUGUCAGUUCAGUGAUUCGGAGAGUGACAUGGAUCAUUCCCGUACAUCUAGCAGCAAGGCUAACCUAAAGAAUUUCACUACUGGAAAUUACCAGAGAUCAUCACAUCAGCGACCAGAUCCUGACCAUCAGCAUAUGAAAAGAUCUCUUAGUCAAAAAGAUCUAUUGAAGUUAUACAAUGGCUACUCAAGCCAGUCUUCUGCAUUAACUGAUGAUGAAGCACGGAAUGCUUGUCCUGGUAAAUAUGGAACUGAGAGGACAGUACAAGCAGUUUAUGCACAGAGAAAGAUAGAACACCCUACUGCGGAUGGAGAAGGAACUGCAUUGUAUGAAGCCAUGCGAAAAGAACUCAGGCAUGCUGUUGAAGAAAUCAGAACUGAACUUGAACAGACCAUGGUGAAAACAAGACCCACUGUUUUAGUGGAUGGUGAUUGCCUACAAUCAAGCAAUUCAGAUGUUCUUCAGGCUGUUGCUAUAAUCAGAAAGAAUUACACGUCAAAGUUGGAACAGUCAGAAAAGCGUAAACAGGAUUUAUUAGCUGAGAUAGUGGUUGAAGAACAACGUGGUCGUGAGCUUUCUAAAAUUGUUAGGGAAUUGCUUCCUGAUCCAGAGAAGGCUGCUUGUAUAGAGAAGCCUUCAUGUGCUAGAAAGGGGAGCAAUGAUAGAAGUAGGAUGUCCAAGUGCUUGACUGAAGAGGCAGAGAAGUAUUUUGAAGACUUUAUUUCAAAUGUUGAAGAUACAGAUAUCUCGUCAUUCGAUGGAGAAAGGAGUGAUGCAAGUUCAACAUUAGGAGGAACAAGACCAAGGGACUACAUGAUCCAUUGUGGGGAAACGGAAACUUACGGUAUUUCAACAGGAUCGUCUCUUCCUGUUGAAAUGGAUGGAGUUCUUCUUCCUUGGUUGAGGUGGGAGGCUAGUAAUGAUCACUCUCCUCCAUUAUGCAAGAGCAGGGAGGAAGCAACAACAGGGAAAAGUAACAUUCAUGAUGCACCUCUGGAAGUCAGCAGCAGAGGAUUUAGGGUACCUGGAAGCUACCUGGGCCACUCUGCUAAUUAUGGACCAAGUGGAUCGUGGUUUGAUAGAGAUGAGUACCCUCACUUUGCUGACAAUGAAGAUGUCCUCUUUGAAUGUUGGAGGCAACGACGGAGAAUAAAUUCAGGUGGGCUCAUUCUGUGCAGUAGCACUUUUCUUUAGUUCCAACCAUUUCAUGCUCUCUAUUUGAAGUGGUGAAAUUUCAUCCUUUGUAUAAAGCUUAGCCGUUAGACUUUGAUUUUACAAGCAGGAACUCGAAUAGAAUUUACUCUUGUGGCACGCUAUGAUUUUUUCAUUAUGCAUGCAUUCAAAUGUGUCA